AUCAUCUGUCACAUUGAUGUUGAAGCAAACGGAAAGAAAACAGAAAAAGUGUGUUGGUGACUGAAUUGUUCUGAUUGCAUUUUUCAGGAAAAACCACGAUUUUGAACAUUAUUUUCCUCGGAAACCUGCAAAAAAUAUCGCUAUCAGUAUUUGCCACACGGCGGCGUCAGAAGCCCAACAAAUUAGAUCCAAACAUACAAAUGGACAGCAGAAAGCCAAUUGUGCUGGUCGUAUCGACCGAUGCAAACGUAGAACCGGAAUCGCUAAUAGCCAAAGUGCGUAAGAUUCCGACCGAAGAGAGUCAGCAGGUACUGUCGGAAGGCCGUAUUGGCUAUCGGUAUCACAUCCGGACUAAGUACUAUGAAACAGAUGUUGUUCUAUGUCCUUGGAAAAGUACAGAAGACCUGUGUGACCUGCCGGAGGCAAUUUUGACACAGAUGGACGGAAUACUGAUUUAUUUCGAUGCUCGGGAUCGAACAUUUCUGGACAAAUUGCCAGACUAUGGCUGUUUUGUGACCGACACGGGAAUUGAGUUUGGGAUUUUACUGUGCUCGGAACUGCAGGAGGAAAGUGAUAAGGGGAUUACUUAUCAGGAGGCAAAGAAGUAUUUGGACGUGAUUGAACUAGAACCAAGUGCAGAGACCGAGGACGGAGAAGCGGCCGGGGUGGAUGAGUUAGUGCAAGCGAUGCACAACUUCAUCUGGUCCAAUGUGGACAUGAGCAAAAAGAGCGCUGGGGCGGAAACUAGCGGCGAUGGACAGGGAGGCAACGUAGAGGAGUCGGCAGCAGCGGAGGAUGAGUUGCGGAUCGAGGAGGAAUUGGCCGGUUUUGAAAAGUUGCUGACUCAGGUGAUGCAGUUUCGUCCGAAUACGAACUCAUGGACUAGGAAUGAAAGGUUGGCGUAUGCACAGGAGUUUGCAGAGAUUUUCGAUGACUUGAUAGGAGAUGAGGAUUGAGUUGAUUGGAGGAACGAUAGAACUUUUAUAUUGCUCUUAACCAAGCGAUUCCGCGGAAAUUAUUCCAUUUGCCUGAUUAGUGCAGCGUCAGUAGAAUCAUAUUUUAUCUUAUUUAUUUGAACACGAGUAUCAAAACUACAUUUGGCGCUGUAUAUUGAAAGGCAAAUAAAUUUAUUAUAUUUAUAACGUUAAUUUUAGUAUACAUUAUGUAACUUAUAUUUUAUAUUGAUGAUUAAAGAUAGAAAGUUGAAUAAAUUAAAA